UCAGCCUUCAUUCCCACCUUCUCGCCAGUGGAAUUUCAUCUCAGCUUCUGCACCUUCAGGGCAGACGAGAACAUAAAAAUAAGCAAAAGCUGGCAGGCUGACGGGAAAUUGCAUCUUUACAGGACGGAUUAUCUGGUAACUGACCAUUUAGCUGUGGCACACCCGGACUCUGUGUAAACGUGGGAUUUUGACCAUGAGCUCAGUCGCUGUACUUACGCAGGAAAGCUUCAAUGAGCACCGCAGUGGGCUCUUGCCAGAGCAGAGUGGUGCUGCUGGGGCAGGACCCAGUGCUGAAGGGGAAGAGGAUGCCCUUCCUACCUACAAGGACGCCUUCCCUCCUCUGCCCGAGAAGGCGGCCUCACCUGAGGGGACCCAGGACUCUACCAACGCCUGGACCAAGAUCCGUCCUCUCAAGUCCUCUGUUAUCACCCAGGUUUUCCAUGUGCCGCUAGAGGAGCGCAAGUACAAGGACCUCAACCAGUUUGGGGAAGGAGACCAAGCGAAGGUCUGUGUGGACAUCAUGCACAAGACCGGAGCCCACCUGGAACUCUCCUUGGCUAAAGAUCAGGGUCUCUCCAUCAUGGUUUCUGGAAAGCUGGAUGCCGUGAUGAAGGCCCGUAAGGAGAUUGUGUCCCGACUGCAGACUCAGGCUUCAGCGACUGUCGCCAUCCCCAAGGAGCACCAUCGUUUCGUUAUCGGCAAAAACGGGGAGAAGCUUCAGGAGCUGGAGCUCAAGACUGCCACCAAAAUCCAGAUCCCACGACCUGACGACCCCAGUAACCAGAUCAAGAUCUCUGGAACCAAGGAGGGCCUGGAGAAGGCAAAGCAUGAGAUCCUGCUGAUCUCUGCUGAGCAGGACAAGCGCGCUGUGGAGAGGGUGAACAUCGACAAGGUGUACCACCCGUUCAUCACCGGCGCCUACAACAAGCUGGUCGGAGAGAUGAUGCAGGAGACCGGCGCCCGCAUUAAUGUCCCCCCUCCAAGUGUGAACAAGACGGAGAUUGUCAUCACUGGGGAGAAGGAGCAGGUGGCCCUUGCUGUGGCUAUGAUCAAGAAGGUUUAUGAAGACAAGAAGAAGAAUGCCACCACCAUUGCAGUGGAGGUGAAGAAGUCUCAGCACAAGUAUGUGAUUGGCCCCAAGGGAAACACCCUGCAGGAGAUCCUGGAGAAAACUGGUGUCUCAGUUGAGAUCCCACCUUCUGACAGCAGCUCAGAAACUGUCAUCCUUCGUGGGGAGCCGGACCGUCUGGGUCAGGCCCUCACUGAAGUUUACGCCAAGGCAAACAGCUACACUGUUUCCUCGGUCUCAGCUCCCUCUUGGCUUCAUCGUUUCAUUAUUGGCAAGAAGGGGCAGAACUUGGCCAAGAUUACCCAACAGAUGCCCAAGGUGCACAUUGAGUUCACCGAGGGAGAAGAUCGGAUCACCCUGGAGGGUCCCACCAAAGACGUGCAGAUGGUGCAGGGCCAGAUUGAAACCAUUGUUACAGAUUUGGUAAGCCGUAUGGACUACACCGAGAUCAGCGUGGAUCCCAAAUUCCACAGACACCUGAUCGGAAAAGGAGGCGUCAACAUCAACCGCAUCAAAGAGCUGCACAAGGUGACUGUCCGCAUCCCCCCCGACAAUGAGAAGAGCAACCUGAUCCGCAUUGAAGGGGAUCCCCAGGGUGUCCAGGAGGCCAAGAAGGAGCUGCUGGAGCUUGCGUCACGCAUGGAGAACGAGCGUACAAAGGACCUGAUCAUCGAACAGCGUUUUCACCGAGCCAUCAUCGGCCAAAAAGGGGAGAAGAUAAAAGAAGUGCGCGACAAAUUCCCCGAGGUCAUCAUCAAUUUCCCCGACCCAGCACAGAAAAGUGACAUCGUUCAACUUAGGGGCCCAAGAAACGAGGUGGAAAAAUGCGCAAAGUUCAUGCAGAAGAUAGUGGCUGAGAUGGUGGAGAACAGCUUCUCUCUCUCAGUCCCCAUCUUCAAGCAAUUCCACAGAAACAUAAUUGGAAAAGGAGGUUCAAAUAUCAAGAAGAUUCGAGAGGAAACAAACACAAAGAUCGACCUGCCUGCAGAGAACAGCAACUCUGAGAUGAUUGUCAUCACAGGCAAGAAGGCAAACUGUGAGACUGCACGAAACCGCAUCCUGGCCAUUCAGAAGGAGCUGGCAAACAUCACAGAGAUAGAGGUGUCCAUCCCCUCCAAGCUGCACAACUCCCUGAUCGGGUCAAAGGGCCGCUUCGUGCGCUCCAUCAUGGAGGAGUGUGGCGGCGUGCACAUCCACUUUCCCACCGAGGGCUCGGGCAUCGAUAAGGUCACCAUCCGCGGCCCCGUAGAGGAGGUGGAGAAAGCCAAGCAGCAGCUGCUCGCCCUGGCAGAGGAGAAGCAAACAAAGAGUCACACUGCUGAGCUGCGUGCAAAGCCAGAGUACCACAAGUUCCUCAUCGGGAAAGGUGGCGGAAACAUCCGCAAGGUUCGCGACACCACCGGAGCCAGGAUCAUUUUCCCCACCACCGAGGACAAAGACCAGGAGCUCAUCACUGUGGUCGGCACUGAGGAGGCGGUGCGGGACGCCCAGAAGGAGCUGGAGGAGCUCAUCAAGAGUUUGGACAACGUCGUUGAGGACACCAUGAACGUCGACCCAAAGCACCAUCGCUACUUUGUGGCGCGCCGCGGCCAGGUCCUCAGGGACCUUGCUGAUGAGUAUGGUGGUGUGAUGGUGAGCUUCCCUCGCACAGGUACUCAGAGCGACAAGGUCACCCUCAAAGGAGCCAAAGAAUGUGUGGAGGCAGCCAAAAAACGCAUGCUGGAGAUCGUCGAGGACUUGGAUGCUCAGGUGACCAUCGAGUGUGUGAUUCCUCAGAAGUUCCACCGCUCCAUCAUGGGUCCCAAGGGCUCACGGAUCCAGCAGAUCACCAGAGAUCACAACGUACAGAUUAAGUUCCCAGACCGCGAGGACCCACAAGCGCCUCCUGCAGAGGCUCCCAUCCAGGAGAACGGCGAGGCCAACGGGGAAGUGAAGGAGCCUGUCGAUCCAAACGCACCCAAAAAGUGUGACGUGAUCGUGCUUUCUGGCCGUAAAGAGCGCUGCGACGCUGCCGUGGAAGCACUGAAGGCCCUGGUCCCCGUCACGGUGGAGGUGGAAGUGCCUUUUGAGCUUCAUCGUUACAUCAUUGGACAGAAAGGAAGUGGAAUUCGCAAGAUGAUGGAUGAAUUUGAGGUUAAUAUUCAAGUGCCUGCUCCUGAGCAGCAGUCGGAUAAAAUCGCCAUCACCGGCUUGGCCAAUCACCUGGACCGCGCCAAAGAGGGCCUCUUGGAGCGCGUCAAAGAGCUGCAGGCCGAGCAGGAGGAUCGGGCACUCAGGAGCUUCAAGCUGACCAUCACUGUGGACCCCAAAUAUCACCCCAAAAUCAUCGGCCGCAAGGGCGCCAUUAUAACCAACAUCCGCACUGAGCACGACGUCAACAUCCAGUUCCCAGAGAAGAACGAUGAAAACCAGGAUCAAAUUACUAUUACAGGGUAUGAGCACAAAGCCAUAGCAGCACGAGACGCCAUCCAGGCCAUAGUGGACGAGCUGGAGGAGAUGAUCUCUGAGGACAUCACCCUGGACAGCAGGGUCCAUGCUCGCAUCAUCGGAGCCCGCGGCAAGGGCAUCCGCAAGAUCAUGGAUGAGUUUAAGGUUGAUCUCAGGUUUCCUCAGAGCGGAGCUGCAGACCCGAACCUGGUGACGGUUACCGGUCGCCCCGAGCUCGUGGAUGAAGCCAUCGACCACCUGCUGAACCUGGAGGAGGAAUACAUGGCAGAUGUGGUGGAGAACGAGGCCAAGAUGGCUUACAUGAGGCCUCCUGGAGGAAGCGCCGCUGCCAUGGACGAACAGCGCGGCCCAUCCAAAGGCUUCGUGGUGAGGGAGGCUCCCUGGGCCACUGGCAAUGAGAAGGCCCCUGAUAUGAGCAGCUCUGAAGAUUUCCCCAGCUUCGGAGCCCCGGUGGCCAACCAAGACGUCUCCAUGGGGGCCGAAGCGCUUCUAAGCCGCGCUGCUGCAAACGGGCCCGAAAUAAAACACAAUCUUCCCCUCUAUCGCCCCUCCUCCCCCCCUCCCGACCCGGACUGACCGCUGACCCGAAAAAGUCUUCAGUUCUGAGAGUGUCAUCCUUCUCUGUGUACUUCCUUCGACACAUUCAUCGGUCUAAAAGUGCUUUCAGAUAUCGACUCGUGAGCUUCGUACCUGCAUCACAUAACCAGACGCUGAGAUAAGAAAAAGAAACAUGUUGCGGUGAAGUCAACAUUUGCGUGUCGGUUCGACCGAACGUUUCAUCGUGGUUUGAACUGUUAUACCAAAAUUCAACGGUGGCCAGACAUCAGUUUUUGGGAGCUGCCCUUCUCUUAGUUGCCUUCAGCAGGGUGGGGUAAAGGGAUUGAAUUACCGCCGGCUGCCGACGCCGGCUGUUUCUCGCCCCCCGCCUGCUUUACUCAUGUAGCUGAGUGUCAGUCGUGGAGCGCGCCGUCGUGGUUGUCCUCUGUCACGUUUCCAUUUGCUCGUUAACUGUGCUUUUGUGGUCGAGUAGCGGCACGUACCUUGUAGCCUUAUGAAUUGGUAAACUCUACUAAAGGGGAGGGGGGAGGGGGGAGGGGGGGGGUGGGUGGGUGGGGUUUCAGCCACAGCAGGAUGGCGCCCGUUCAAACUGCCAGAUGCUCGGAGAUUGAGCCAGAACUAAACUUGUUUUUCGCAACACUAGGCCUAGAGCUCCAACGCAUCGAACCUCACACUAACUGUCCGACGACGUCAAAUCACUUUACGAAAAUCUCUGUCUGUGAGCAGCCGACCAUCUCGUGCCAACUGUCUGUCUCGUGACGUCCCGUGUUCCUCAAACUGGGUCAGUGUCCAGUCCCUUUGUCUUCCAGCUGCUAUGCAGACUGUUCUGUCACAUAGCGAUGGCCCUUUUUAUCAGCCUUACAGCUAGAAGGAUACAAACCAGGUAGAGACGAUGUCCAGGUGCGUCUUAAUCGGACAACUGGAAGGUUCUUGUUCCGCCAAAAGCUCUCGGAACAUUUUUCCCCCCGCCCGCCCCCUCUGGUUAUUGGAACUAGUUUAAUUUUGCCCGAGGAGCGCAGAUUUUAGCUCGCCAGCUGCUAACUCGACACCUCGCCAUCAGCCUACCUUGGUUUAUAUCCUCCUAGCAUCGAAUGAAAGAUUAUGCAAAUACCAUUGAAGUGAACGGUUGCGGAUGACACUGGAAAAGAAAUUGUCCAAAAAGUCAAUAAAAAUUGAAAAUCUC